UCCUCUACACAUGCCAACAUGGCGGCUUACUUCGGUGUUCAGUCCGCGGUGCUCCGCAGAGCGCUGCGAGCCUCCUUCAGCCCUCACAGCCGUUCACCUGUCGCUACUGUCGGCCUCAGGCUCGUCUGUAGCGCUGCAGCAGAAGAACACAAGCCGGUGAUAGUAGAGUCUGCGGAGGAAUACAAGUUCGUAGAGCGUCUCAUCCCACCGUCACGGGUCCCCGCUCCGCCUCAGCACACCGGGCCAGCCCCGUCUGGCUGGAGCCCACCGCCAGCCUCCCCGCCUGCUCUGCCCUACAUGAUCCGCCGCUCCCGCAUGCACAACAUCCCCGUGUACACCGACAUGACCAAUGGGAACCGCACGACUACGCUGAUACGGAAAGUAGAGGGGGACAUUUGGGCUCUGGAGAAGAACGUGAAGCAGUACCUGAAGGAGCUGACGGGCAAAGAGCUGCCAACACAGGUCAAUGAGGUCACCAUGACCCUGAAGGUCAAAGGUCAUUUUGAUAAGGAGCUGAAGGAGUGGUUGACCAGUAAAGGAUUCUAAACAACCCAACAGGACUGGUCCGGGUCAGAGAGCUGAACCAUGAAAGAACUCGAUGUCAAUACUGUGUAAAUGUGUCCUACAGCUCUGUUCUCACAUUACAACCUGUGAUGAACUACUGAACUCUUUUUGAAAUCAGAGACGUGUUGAAGCUAUGGGAUCAUAAGGUGUGAAAUAUGUAAUAAAUAUGACAUAAUA